CUGUCCUCACACAUACAUUUGCUUCGGCAUACUAAACUAGCAGCCAUGGCUGAUCCUCCGUCGAUUCUUAGUCCUCCACUCAACAACAACGACCAACUUCCCAGCCAAUCACCAAUCACCACCAUCUCCGCCGCAAUACCCAUUCUGCUACUCGUCGCAACUUGGUACUUCUCAGUCAAAAGAUCCAAAUCGCGAGCACCUCCGCCUCCGGGGCCACGCGGCCUGCCGAUUGUCGGGUACAUCCCAUUCCUCGCCGGCGACAACCCACUCCACCGCAAGUUCGCCGACCUCGCGGCCCAAUACGGGCCCAUCUUCAAGAUCUGGUUCGCCAACCAGAUGUUCGUGGUCGUCAGCUCCCCUGAUCUGACCAAAGAAGUCCUGCUCCGCGGCGGGCAAAACGAGCCCAUCUUCUCCACCCGCGGGUUCCCGGCGGCCGCCGGCGUCUGCACCUACGGCGGCACCGACGUCCUGUCCCUGCCGAUGGGUCACGACUGGAAAUCGAUGCGGAAACUCCUGGUCAGGGAAACCCUAAGCAACCCUGCUCUGGACCUUUGUUUUCCCCUGAGGAGAAGAGAACUUGUCAGGUCGCUGAGGGAAGUAAUUAGCAACGAGCUCGUCGGGAAACCGGUCGGCGUCUACGAAUUGACGUACAAGAUUGUCUCGAAUGCGACUCUGGGUAUGCUGUGGGGUGGGGAAGGGGAUCAAUUUUGCUUUGAGGAGCUGCGAGUAGUGAGCCAGGAAGUGAUGGAGAUCAAUUCGAGGCCCAAUGUUUCCGACAUGUUUCCCCUGCUAGCGAGGUUUGAUCUUCAGGGGAUUUUGAAGGAAGCGACGGCGGUUGCUCAGCGACUUGAUUGGGUGUUUAGCUCUGUGAUUGAGAGAAGAUUGGAGGGUGGCAAGUUGAAGAAGCAGGGGGAAGGGGAGAAGAGGUUGAAGGAUAUGUUGCAGAUUUUGCUGGAGAUUAGGGAGGACUCUGAGAAUGCUGGUUCGUCGUCGUUGGCCUCCAUGACCCACCUCAAAGCCAUUCUUCAGGACAUAGCGACCGGCGGGACCGAGAAUAUAUCGAACGUAAUCGAGUGGGCACUGUCAGAGCUGUUGAUGAACGACAGAGUGAUGAAGAACGUCAAGCGAGAACUGGACGAAAUCGUGGGACUCGACAGUCUCGUCGAAGACCACCAUCUCAAGAAUCUCAACUACCUCGAAGCCGUGGUGAAGGAGACAUGUCGGUUGCACCUAAACCUCUUCCCUCGGCUGUCAACCGCACCCUCUACACUCGGUGGUUAUGCGAUUCCAAAAGGAUCGAUGGUCAUAAUCAACGCCUGGGCCAUCCACAGGGAUCCGCAGUUUUGGGACGAGCCGUCGGAGUUUCGACCGGAGAGGUUUCUGAACAAAGACGACGACAAGAGGCCGUUUGAUCUGAUGGGCAACAACAGUAAUUUCCAGUUCAUCCCGUUUGGGUCUGGGCAGAGGAUUUGCGCCGGGGCUAAUUUGGCUGGGAAGCUGCUGAGGUACGUGUUGGCCUCGCUGUUGCAUUCGUUUGAUUGGAAGCAGCCGGAUGGUGCAGAGAAGAUUGAGUUUUCGGAUUAUUACAAGAUAUUCAUCAAGAAGAAGAAGCCGUUGAUGGCUGUGCCGACACUUCGGUUGUCUUCUCAAGACCUGUUUGCCUAAUUGGUGUGGUGACAACUUGGUAAACAUGUAUUAUGUCUUUGGCUUUGCCUCCUUUUUUUCCGGCACUGUUCUGCAAUGUAAUUUCGCUUUGUAUGAUUUAGGGGAGAUCCAGGUUGAGCUAAGUGAAUGGGUUUGGAUAAUCUUGGCCAAACACAUCUGUAAGAUGCAGUUGCAGAAAAUAAUAAGAGCUCUACCAAAAUCUUGUGUAAGGCGAGAUUAUUCACACUGAAUGAUAAGAUCGGGUAAAAUUUUACGUAUUCGUACAAAAAUUUAAA